GCUUACGACUUCUACACCUACAGGUUCGUGCUCUUACUAGGCUGUUUCUGCCUGCUGCUUCUCUUUUGGAACUCCCUUGCCGGCACCGGCCGGAGCUUCACAGCUGCUCUUUCGUCCAACAUCUUCAGUGGCACGCAGGUCAUUGCUAUUAUCGCGCUGCUGGCGUGUAUGAUCGCCGAUCGAGCGCUGCGGUCCCAGCCGUCUGCCGUAGGUGCUGAGCCUGUGGCUGCAAACUUAAAAGGGAAGCCGGUAUGGCGAGCCAUGGGCGCUAUGCCGUGUGGCUCAUCUUUUCUCUUCGUCUUGCUCGGCUUUCCCUGUGCAACUUUCAACUGGGAUGUGUGUUUUCGGGUCAACAGCUUGAUGAACACCAUCCUGGGCUUGUCAAUCCCUUUGCUCGCACCUGGCAACAAGACACACAGCCUGCUUCGGGUUUUUCUCUUGCUGAACUCUUUCGGCAUGUUCACAGUGUCAUUGCACUGGUGCUCAGACUUCGACUCAUGGGCUAUCGGUACGGCCAUUUCGACUGUAUACCAGACACUCAGCGGCAUCGUGCUUGUUAAGACUCAUGUGCCAAAGCACGUUGUCUUCCAUGUGGUUGGAGUCGUUGCUUGCUACAUGUUUCGGGCUGAAUCUUCUAACUCACUGGUGGACGGCCGCCAAUGGGCGGCGAUCAUGGUGUCAGUGGCAGUAUUGUGCGUCUCCGUGAUGUGGCUAGUGGCCAGAGACGUUGCCGGAGAGGUUGCAUUGAAAACGCUGGAAGAUCAGGUGCCUGCCUUGCGGAUUCCGCUCGACAGUGCGCUAUCAAGCGGCACAAGCACCCGAAAGUCUUCUGGCUCACGCACACCAGGCUCGCCAUUACUGAGCAAGUUUGAUCUGCCUGACAAUGCUCCGGAGAAUUUGGAGCUGCUACAUUACGUCAGUGAAGGUUCUUUUGGGAGAGUCUACUGCUGCAACUGGGGCGGCCAGCGCGUAGCCGCCAAGGUCAUGGCCUUGCAGACAGGGCAUCGAGCCGACCCGAUCAGAGAGGCUAAUCUUUGCCAGAAGCUCUCCCACGACAACUUGGUCCAGACCUUCGAUUUCUUUCAGCACUCGGCGGACCCCGCGGAUCCAGGUUGUGGCAUGCAAGUUUGGAUACUCCAAGAAUGGUGCGACAAAGGCACGCUGGGUAGUUUCUGCACCAUCCCUCGUUGGGAUGCGAGUGGCCUGAGAUACGUCAGGUGCAUUAUGACGGAUGUGGCGAAGGCCUGCUGUUAUCUGCACUCCAAUGGCAUCAUCCAUGGCGAUCUCACUUCAAACAAUGUUCUCCUGCAGACACAGGACCAAGCAGGGGAGAUAGAGUUUGUUUGCAAACUGUGCGACUUUGGUUUAGCACGGGUCUUGGAGCAGGGUGUCACCUCGCUGAUGACCGCACAGCUGGGGACCGUUUCGCACAUGCCGCCCGAACUCCUGGAGUAUGAAGACGGGCGCCUAACCAUGAAAGCAGACGUCUAUGCCAUGGGGGUCCUGCUCUACCAGGCAGUCCUGGGAAAAGGGGCGGCCUCGAAUUACCACCAGAGCUACCUCAGGAGGCUCUACACCUGGUAUACCCAAGAUCGGGUUCUGGCAGAAGGUCCGAGGACACAGGAGGCGCCAGAGGCGACCAGCAGAUCGGCGACAGGACCUGAGGAUGAUGGGCCCUUCAGCACAGGCUCCCGCAUCUCUCGCAGGCGAAUUCAGGGUCGAGGCCUGCCGAUGCUGACUGUGCUUCAGAUGCUGCUCCUUCUCAGCCAGCUCAUAGCUUUGCAUGCCAUCCUCAUCUCUGCCUGGGCCGUGUGCCCGAGCACUUCAGCUGCCCAAGCCUCCAUGCUGCAAAACUUUACCCUCCUCUGCUUCUAUGUUUUCUACGUGGUCUACUUGAUGCUCUCUGCGUUGCAGCUGAGUUACGACGUGCAUAUCGUGCGGGGCGGACUCGGUCUGACUCACAGCGUCGACAUGGUUCCCUGGCUUCUUUUCAAGGUGUACACGACCGUGCCGUUUCUUGAAGAGCUUCGUGUCUUGACCGACUGGACAGUCACAGAGACGUCCAUGAACCUUUUCAUGUGGUUCAAGCUUGAGGACGCCCAGCAGAACCUGUACAAAGUGAGGUGCGACAUGAACGCCCGGAAGUACGUGAAGCCGGAAGCCAAGCGCCCCAUCCAUGAGAAGGUCUUGCAGGGAGGUCUCUUCUUACUCGCCCUGUUUGUGCUCAUUGUCGGACCGGUCACAUACUUCUCGACUGCGAACCUCUUUCUGAAGAGCAAUCUGGUCUACGCGGGCUCCUUGAAGGCCAGCUUAGAG